AUGAUUCAGCCAAUAAUCGGAAGGUCGACGGUCGCGACGAGCUCACACAAAGGAUCAUCACUGUGGAUCUCUUCAUCAUCAUCAUCGGGAAAGUCUCGACAUGUUCAUGGAAAGAUGAUAAUUAUUUUGAUCAUUACGACACUUGUAAUUUUAUUAUCAACAACAAGGUCGAAUUUUGGAGUUCAAGGACAUAUUAUUACUUUUAGGAACGAAAAUAUCACAAUACCAACGCAACAAGCAAGAGAGGUCGACCGGUACGAAUUGGGAAUGUAUGCUCGAAAUGAUUUACCAUUGAAUUUUUUGAUAAGGCCUAUCGCUAACGGUGAUACAUUUGUGAAAGUGCAGUUGGCUGUGACACAAUCAAACAUUCCAAAAGAAAACACUAAAUUAUUUGCUUUAAUGGGUUCCAUGGAGGAAGUGGUAUCUGCUAAAUUGGAUAACCCUGAAAGAGCUUGUACAGUGAAAAGCGUUCCUUCCAGCAUUUUACUGUAUCGCUCAUUGACACCUGACGACGAAAUUAAUGAGAAUUUUGAGAUUGCAAAAACAGAUUUUUAUGUGUUCCUACUGCAUUAUUGCCCUCCAACAGAGACCUCAGUGCCCAAUCUACCAAAAACUGUCUCAUUCUUUUUAAAUGGAGAAGUGCAAUUCAUUAAUCCAUAUGGCCAUCUGCCUGGACAAUAUUUUUUCUUCAUGCCAUUCCAAGCUGUCAUGACCAUUGCAUAUAUUAUUUAUGCCGUUUGUUGGUUCUUUGUAUCUAUCAUUAACAGAAAAGAAUUUCUCAUACUUCAGUUCUACAUCACUGCCGUUUUGAUGUGUUGCUUGGCAGAAUCAGUCAUUGCCUAUUUUCAUCUAUUUUUAACAAACAAAGUUGGAUACAUUGAUCUUGGAUACAUGAUUAUGGUUCAAUUGGCAGCAGUACUCAUGACAGUACUCCGAAAAACAUUUACAAGAUUGAUAGUUCUGAUUAUUUGCUCAGGAUUUAUUGGAAAAUCAAGUGAAGAAGAAUCUUCAGAAGGCUCAGAAAAAUCAACAGGAAUUGGAUCAUGCUCUAUUUUAUGUUUUGUGGCUGCUUUUGUGAUUACUUGCAGCAUUUCAGAGCUUGGAGACAUGCUCUUCUAUAGAGAAAUUAUUUCCCACACUGCUUUUUUAGUCAUGUCCAUUCCUGUAUCAGUUCUAGAUUUGAUAUUCUACAUUUGGUCACUCUACUUGUUGUAUUCUACUAUGAAAAUGUACAAACCAUCGAGUCCAAGAGCUGUGACUGCAAGUGAGAGGGUUUCUCCCGAGUGGAAAAAAAGCACGAUGAUCAUGCUAUUCUUAGCUCUUCAAUUCUUAUAUGAGUAUGGACGAUACUACAUUGUUGCAUGGUAUUUGAAUUGGUUUUUCGAUACGGGAUCUUUUCAAAUGGCAUUUUUCUGCAUUUUAGUUUUAAUUGGAUUUUUGUAUCGCCCUGCAAAACAUAACUCACUCUAUCUUCAUGCAGAGCAGUUGCCAACUGAUGAGUUGGAUGCUGAUUUGAUGUUGAAAGAGGGUACUGGACUUGAGUAUCACAGUGAUGAUAGCGAUGAAAAAGAUGUAGAAAUGAUGAUGAUGCACAAUGACCCUCUGGAUGCAAGUGAAGAGGCAGCUCAUCAAGAAAAUGCACCUCGAAAAAGUGAAGAAAAACUUGUUUUUGUUCAAGAACAGAACAAUGAAGACAAUAAGGAGUAG